AUGAGACCUCUACAGGGCUGCAGAAGACAAAGCAUCAUACUGGGGAUUGUGACCCUCUGCCUGGCUGCUGGGUGGGCUCUACAGACCCAAGGAGGAGUAUCUUUACUAGUCCCGCAACCCAACAUAAACGCCACCGUGGCACAAAAUAUUCUCCUCUCUGUUGAAUAUUCUUGCAAAGGCAUAGUCUCCAUUGAGUGGAAGCAUGUGUCGAGUUGGGGCACCAACAAAAUUGUGGAGUGGAAACCGGGGAGUUAUACUAACAUAUCCAAAAGUUACAAGGACCGAGUGAAUACUUAUGAAAAUGGCUCUAUACAGCUUCUGAAUGUAGGCGUGAGAGAUGCUGGCUAUUAUGUUGUCACCAUAACAGAAGAGUUGGGAACCAACAUCUACGGCACCAUCGUAUUAACCGUCUAUGAGAUUAUCUAUGAAGAUUUACAUUUUGUAGCUGUCUUCUUUGCAUUUCUCACUGCUGUGUCUGCAGUUUUAGUCUGCUGCAUGUGGUUCUGUAAUAAAUCUGUGCAUCUAUUCCAGAAUAAGAGAGACAAGCUUAAAGAAAGAACAGCUGAAGAGAUUGAACUGCAAACCAUUGAGUGUUAGCCAAGAACAUUUCAUAACAAAUAACAUUUCUACCUCAAGAAAAAAUAAUGGUAAAGGAAAGGGGGGGAACCCACAAAAGGUAAAGUUUUUAUACAAUCUUUUUUUAACAUGACUGAUAUAGAAACUUCCUGACUUGCAAAUAAGACGAACGUCAAUUGGAGAUGGAAUCAGAGCUGUAUGUAUGGAGCCUCUUGCAACUGUGAAGAUUUCAGUUCUACCAUUUACACUGGACAAGGUCAAAGUGAACAGACUGCUUUCUUUGUUG